GAACUUUGUUGCCGGACUUCUGCUGAACUUCCUCGGUUUAACAAAACUACCUCUUAGUUUUAGUAAUCUGUCAGAAAAUGAGGACCUUUUUGCCUUUCCCCAUCGCUAUUCUACUAACUCUUCUCCAACAAGCAGUGUCCUGCUCUGAGACCCCUGUGUUUGUGGAGAAGGGACAGGAUGUCCGUCUGGAUGUCCAGGAAUAUAUGACAGUUAAAGAGAACCUGAAAAGGUUGAAUCGUUUUAUGUGGAUGUUUAACACAUCAGACAAUGUAGUAAUAUACGUCCAUGAAAUCGUGUCACAAGUUACCAUUAAAUACCAAGGCAGGGCUGAGUUUAUUGAGGGAAACUUCUCUCUUCUGCUGAAGAACCUAAAUGAAGGAGACAGUGGAUGUUAUACUGCAGUAGUGAGUGCGGACAGAAACAAAGAGGUUGCAAAGUACCAGAUAUCAGUUCAAGAGAGAGUUGAGCCACCAGUCCUGAGAGUGGACUCUGUCUCCUUCAAUGCCAUCUGUAACGUGACAGUGACCUGCAGAGGUCAGAGCACCUCUGUCACCUCCAGCUGUAACAGCAGCACCUGCUCUCAGGUGGGAGGAGAGAGUAGAGGGGCUGAGACCUCCACUGUCCCCCUGCUCUCUGUCUAUGUGGCAGGGGGUUCCAUCAUCUGUAACCGCAGCAACCAAGUCAGCUGGGCCAACAACACCAAGGAGAUCGAAACUAUUUGUUUAUCUAUAUCUGAGCGGGACAGAGCAGACCACAACUACGCUGUCACAGUCCGGAUACAAAGUCCUGUCAUCAUCAUCAUCUUUGUUGUAUGCGCCCUGAUUCGUUGGUGAAAGCUAAAUAAAGAAUCCAAGUAACAGUCUCCAGGUCCAGCAUCACAGGUCUCCAGGUCCAGCAUCACCCACCAUCUACAGUGAGAUGGGACAUCCCCACCCCGUGAACCAGCCCACCAUGGAGGGAGACCACCACACCCAGCCUGGUAACCACCCAACCAUGGUGGGAGACCACCGUCCCCAGCCUGGUAACCACCCCACAAUAGUCGGAGACCACCACCUGAGAACCACCCCACCAUAGUCAGAGACCACCACCCCCAGCCUGAGAACCACCCCACCAUAGUCGGAGACCACCACCCCCAGCCUGAGAACCACCCCACCACAGUCAGAGACCACCAUCCCUAGCCUGGUAACCACCCUACCAUGGUGGGAGACCACCGUCCCCAGCCUGGUAACCACCCUACCAUGGUGGGAGACCACCACCCCCAGCCUGAGAACCACCCCACCAUAGUCGGAGACCACCACCCCCAGCCGUGGUUGAAGACCAGCCUCCACCUGAGGACCUCCCCACCGUGGUUGAAGACCAGCCUCCACCUGAGGACCUCCCCACCGUGGUUGAAGACCAGCCUCCAUCUGAGGACCUCCCCACCGUAGUUGAAAACCAGCCUCCACCUGAGGACCUCCCCACCGUGGUUGAAGACCAGCCUCCACCUGAGGGAACUCCCCAUGGCCCCCAUGACCUCCAUGCCUGAGAGUUUAUAUGCUGUGGUGGGGAAAAAGACUAGUAAACAAUCAUCUGGAAUUUUAACAUGGGGAUUCUAUAUAUAUGCACCUUUUAACCUUUGUCCCCACAUUCACGGAGACAGCAUUCAAUUCGGCUCAAUUGGAAAUUAACUUUAAAUGUGCAUAGCUGACAGAGCGUGAUCAGAUUGAAUGCUGGCCUAAGGCCUGGAUUCAAUCCGGAAUGUAGAAUAUCCGUACUAUUGUGUGAUUGAAAUUUAACGGCAAUGUACCUGCGUUUGUAGCAAGGCCUGAAUAGCCCAGGUGUGAUAUGGUUUGUCAAGAAAGCAGCAUGACAAAAAUAUAAUGCCAAGUUUUCAAACUUUUGUUAGAUUCUUUCAGAAGAUAUAUAAAGCAAUCUGAGCAUUUGAACAACAGCAUAAAUACACCCUUUUCACAAAAAACAAACACAAAUCACCACUGCUGCAUAUGCUGCCACAGUUUGAACAGAUUAGAUUACACUAGUUAAUACAAGUUACCAGCUCACAAACUAAUGUUGAGUGCACCAGGGUCAGGGAUAACGCUAACAUCACGUAGAUGCAAUAAGUGAUUUUUUUAUUAUCUAACUGGGGAUAGCUAGCUAACAAUGUCACAAAGCAUGACGCGUUAGCCAGUUAAAGUUCAUUCUGAAAUAACUUCAUAUUUCUGAGUUAGUCAGAUAUGAGAUUAUAAAGACUUGACAUUGGCAUGGGAGCUAGCUAGCAAGCUACCAGCUAGCUAGCUGCUUAUCAAAGGUUGAGAACUGGUUAAUUUGACCAACAAUUACUGUAGCUGGCUAACUAAUUAGAUCAUGCUUUGUGAUACACCCAGUUCAAUGCUGUUUUAGUCCACACAACAUGUCGCCCUGACACCUGCAGUAGAACCUGACAAACGCAGUGGAAAACAUUAAAAUUGGCAUUUCUGUCCUACCAAAAGGUCCUUUGACUCUUGUUGGAUGUACUUGUCCGGAUUAUCAGGUCCCAGGCUCCCAUGACUGUUAUGAUUAUUUAUUUACAAGUUCAUUACAAUUUCCUUUUCGCUUUAGUGCUACUUGAGAGAGCAGAUAAAGUCACGUGCAGAAAUAACCCUUCUGGCAUAAGGGUCCGUGCUAUCUGGUAUCCUUGGGAUGUCUCUACGCCAUUAUAGCUGAAAUUUAAAAUGGUUAAGAUAAAGGUUAAGGUUUGAGUUAGUUUAGCUUUAUAGUUAUGUUAAAGUUAGUGUAGGGGUUAAGGUUAAGGUUAGGUUUAGGGUAGGGAUGUCCCAAGGAUUCCGGAUAGUACUGACCCUGGCACAAGAGAUUCACUGGGAGGAGGAGACUUGGGCAGACCCAGAAGUUCUAAAUGCACAUUUGAGAACCCCAGGAAGAUCCAUUUACUUUGUGCUAUUAUAAUUUAUGCUAUGAAAUUCUGCGAUUUCAUUGGGUCAGUUCACCCUCAUAGCAAAUAGCUACAACACAACCAUGCAAUAUUUGCAGGCCUGUGUGCCCACAGAGACAGAGGCAGAUGCUGCUGGCAGUCACUGGGGAGUAGAGUGGGAAGUUACGGACAGCUUGUUUUGAACAAUAUAUUUUUUAAACAGGAAAAUGUACACAUUUACCACGCUUUCAUGAGCAUUUAAAUCAUAAUCCAUAAGUUGUAUAACAUACAUUAUAUGAAAAAAAUAUUGAUUUUUCACAAAUAACAUUACAUUUGUCUUACCAAUAACAAGAGGGACGGCACCCCUAAUGGGCGAGCGGCAGACUGCAUUCACGGUAAAUGCUGCAUAUGUCGGCUUAAUUUGAAAUUGCCUUAACAUUUCUAUUGUGAUAUAACGCGGAAGUGACUCUUCUUAUCAACUGUAUGCAAGAAUUUCCUCUGUUUUGUCUUAGGAAUUCAAAAUGUUCUGUGUUGAUCUUGCCAACCCCCAUUGUCUCACCUCCUAUUGGUCAACAACUCAGAAUUUGAAUCCAAACAACUCAGAUGCUUAUAAAAGGGUCUUACAUUCCUUGUUCUUUCUCUUGUGUUCCUGACUUGAUGUGGUGAGAGACCUCUCUCUGACCAUGCUUACAAUAAUGCCUUAUAAUGCUUGUUAACGCUUUGUACUGUAUGUGAAUCCAUACAUUUUGCAUAGUAAUUAAAUACACUUGUAUUUAGAAUUCCA